AUGACUCCAAACAGCAGCCACAAGGAAGGUCAGACUGAACCGUCUACGGGCUCUGCGAAUGGAUUGCAGCCGCAGGGCAGUACGAGCAACGCGGGUGUGGUCUGUGAGAAGGGAUUGGAUACCGAGUUCUUGAUUAUUGGUUGCGGCCCAGCAGGAGCUUCACUUGCAUGCUUCCUAGCAUCACAUGGCUUAAAGGGCAUCAUGGUCGGGGCAGCGCCUGGCACAGCAAACACCCCGCGGGCGCACAUCAUGAACAUGGCGGCACUCGAGUGUUUGCGUGAUAUUGGUCUUGAAAAGGAUAUCGAAGCUGUCUGUUCCAAGGGGCAUGCCAUGACUCAUACACGGUGGUGUCACAGUAUGGCUGGCGAGGAGUUUGCAAGAAUCCAUUCGUGGGGCAAUGAUCCCCGCCGUAAGGGAGACUAUGAGCUGGCAAGUCCGUGUCAACCUGCCGAUCUCCCCCAAACUCUGCUUGAGCCAAUUCUCAUUCGCCAGGCCACGACUCAAGGCUUCAAAGUUCGCUUCAAUACUAAAAUCCUGUCAUUUUCAAAGGAUGAGAGAACAGAUGUGAUCACGGCGGUCUUGCGUGAUGAACUUUCGAAUCACCAAUACGAGAUCCGGACCAAAUAUCUCUUUGGUGCCGAUGGCGCGCAAAGCCAGGUCGUGAAGCAGCUUGACCUGCCUUUGGAUCGGAAGCCAGGACAGGGCCUAGCCUUCAACGUCCUUGUCAAGGCAGACUUGUCUCAUCUCGUUGGCCAUCGAAGGGGUAAUCUGCACUGGGUCAUGCAACCAGACCGAGAACACCCGGAUUUCGGUUGGAUGGGAAUCGUACGGAUGGUGAAGCCCUGGAAUGAAUGGAUAUUUAUCCUAUUUCCGAAUAGGGAUGCUGAUUUAACCAUGCAACCUACUCCCGACGAGUUUUUAGGACGCGUCAAACAAUUUAUCGGGGACGAUACGCCAGUGGAAAUACUCAACAUCUCCAGGUGGUAUAUUAAUGAGACUGUUGCAGAGAACUAUUCUGUGGGCAACGUUUUUUGUCUCGGAGACGCCGUGCAUCGCCACCCGCCGAUGAACGGUCUCGGAAGUAACACUUGCAUUCAGGACGCCUUCAACUUAGCAUGGAAGAUCGCCUUGGUCCAUCGGGGCUUGGCGUCACCAGCGUUACUUUCGACGUAUAGCUUAGAGCGACAACCGGUCGGCAAGUCCAUCAUCACACGGGCCAACCAAGCUUUUCGUGACCAUUUCGAGGUGUGGAGUGCAAUGGGCACGCUGCCCAAGGAUGUAGAGAAGAGAAAGCGCAUCUUUGCGCAGCUUUCAGAGCCCACUCUCGAAGGGAAAAGGAGACGGGAAGACUUCGAGAGGGCAAUCCAUGGGACAGCCAAGGAGUUUCAUGGCCUUGGUGUGGAGAUGGGUCAGCUUUACACUGGGCCCGGGAUAUACGAUGCAGAUGAGCCUGUACCUUUCCAGCUGACCGGCGAAGCUGCAGCAAACCCUGUGCUCUACUACCAACCAAGCACAUAUCCCGGCUCUCGGCUACCACAUGUCUGGCUUGACAAGGCUGUGCCAACAGAACCAACCUCAACCAUUGACAUUGCCGGUCACGGUCGUUUUGUUCUUUUCACGGGAAUUGGCGGGCAGGCAUGGAGAGGAGCGGCGACGAAAGCAGCGGCCAACUAUGGGAUUCCACUCGAGUUGCACUCCAUCGGCUUCCGGCAGGACUGGGAAGACCCGUAUUUUGAGUGGUCACGGCUUCGCGGCGUCGAAGAGUCAGGUGCUGUGCUUGUGCGACCAGAUCGUUUUGUCGCAUGGAGGGCAAAGGAGGUUCUUGCAAGUGAGGAAGAAUGCGCUACCAAGCUUGGAGAGGUGAUUAAGGCUAUUCUAGGGAAAUGA